AACGGCUCUGACCCCCCAGGAGGCGGAGCUGAGGUUAGUCCAUUAGUCAGCAGUGGUUUUGCUGACACACUUCUGCCUUCAGACUCCUGGUUCAGAAUAUGCUAAUGCACACGUGAGCACGUUUGUUAUAAGCUGAACUAGCCAUCAAUAGUCAGCCGUUAAUCAUUAAUCACUUUUCAAGAUGGGCAUUAGAAGAUGUUUACAGUAACAGCUGGAUGGAGUUUAAUCAUUAAUGCUAUUUUCUUUGACAGUUUCCCAGGUUUACAUCUGAUUACAUGGAGAGCCCAUCUAUAUAUGAAGCAAAUUCCAGUUGCUCUUUAGACUAGAACAGGCAAGGGAAGCUCCAGGAGACAGAAACAAUAACAACAACAAAAGUUAAAAACCUGAAAAGUGAACCAUGAAGCUCCAUGAAAAGGACCGAGGAGAAGACAAGGAAAGUGAUUCAGCGAAAAAGAAAUUGGACUGGUCCUGCUCGCUCCUCGUGGCCUCCCUCGCCGGCGCCUUCGGCUCCUCCUUCCUCUACGGCUACAACCUGUCGGUGGUGAAUGCCCCCACCCCGUACAUCAAGGCCUUUUACAAUGAGUCAUGGCAAAGAAGGCAUGAACAUCCAAUAGACCCGGACACUCUGACUCUGCUCUGGUCUGUGACUGUAUCCAUAUUCGCCAUCGGUGGACUUGUGGGGACGUUAAUGGUGAAGAUGAUUGGAAAGGUUCUUGGGAGUGGGGUGGAGGCUACCUGGGAAGGAAGAGGUGAGACCCAGUGCAGGAGAAGACUGACACGCCUUGGCCCAGAGCAGGGAGAGCUCAUCCAGGUGCAGGUGGGCAGGAAGCACACUUUGCUGGCCAAUAAUGGGUUUGCAAUUUCUGCUGCAUUGCUGAUGGCCUGCUCGCUCCAGGCAGGAGUCUUUGAAAUGCUCAUCGUGGGACGCUUCAUCAUGGGCAUAAAUGGAGGCAUUGCCCUCAGUGUGCUCCCCAUGUACCUCAGUGAGAUCUCACCCAAGCAGAUCCGUGGCUCUCUGGGGCAGGUGACCGCCAUCUUCAUCUGCAUUGGUGUGUUCACUGGGCAGCUGCUGGGCCUGCCUGAGCUGCUGGGAAAGGAGAGUACCUGGCCGUACCUGUUUGGAGUGAUUGCAGUCCCUGCCGUCGUCCAGCUGCUGAGCCUGCCCUUUCUCCCUGACAGCCCAUGCUACCUGCUGUUGGAGAAGCACAACGAAGCGAGAGCUGUGAAAGCCUUCCAGACGUUCUUGGGUAAAGCAGACAUUUCCCGAGAGGUAGAGGAGGUCCUGGCUGACAGCCGCGUGCAGAGGAACAUCCGCUUGGUGUCUAUGCUGGAGCUGCUGAGAGCUCCCUAUGUCCGCUAUCAGGUGGUCACCGUGAUCGUCACCAUGGCCUGCUACCAGCUCUGUGGCCUCAAUGCGAUUUGGUUCUAUACCAACAGCAUCUUUGGAAACGCUGGGAUCCCUCCGGCAAAUAUCCCAUAUGUCACCUUGAGUACGGGGGGCAUCGAGACUUUGGCUGCCAUCUUCUCUGGCUUGGUCAUUGAGCGUCUGGGACGGAGACCCCUUCUCAUUGGUGGCUUUGGGCUGAUGGCCCUCUUCUUUGGGACCCUCACCAUCACGCUGACCCUGCAGGACCGUGCCCCCUGGAUCCCUUAUCUGAGUAUCGUGUGCAUUCUGGCCAUCAUCGCCUCCUUCUGCAGUGGGCCAGGUGGCAUCCCGUUCAUCUUGACCGGUGAGUUCUUCCAGCAAUCUCAGCGGCCGGCUGCCUUCAUCAUCGCAGGCACAGUCAACUGGCUCUCCAACUUUGCUGUUGGGCUCCUCUUCCCAUUCAUUCAGAAAAGUCUGGACACAUACUGUUUCCUAGUCUUUGCUACAAUUUGUACCACAGGUGCUACCUACCUAUACUUUGUCUUGCCUGAGACCAAAAACAGAACGCAUGCAGAAAUCAGCCAGGCAUUUUCCAAAAGGAACAAAGCAUACCCACCAGAAGAGAAAAUUGACUCAGCUGUCAUUGAUGAUAAGACAAACGGAAGGCCUGAACAAGAUUCCUCCUCCACGCUGGACAAUUAUGUCAAAAACAGGAUUGUCUAAAUGGAUGAUCUCACCUUUCAGGAAACUAAAAUUUUAACCAUUAUUGGGAGGCUUAAAUGAAUUGAAGCUAUGCAAGUCUUUUAUAUUAUUAAGUAUUUACAAGUAAACCUGUACUAAUCUAACAUUGCAACUAUGUUAGCAUUAUUCACAACUGAAUUUCCCAAACUCUUCUGGAAGCUGCAAGGAAUCACUCUAUGUUUCAGUAGACCCAAUGUUCUUUCAUGUAGGUUGAUGACCUGCCUUUAUCAUGACUCAACCCAUGAUUUCAAAAUGAAAUUGGGGAAAUACUAUGUGAAUGCUUUAUCAAAGAAAAACAAUUUGGCCUGAUAGUGGACUCAAUGGAUUGGAAACCAUAGAUUGAGGUUCUAGUUUCAGCUUUACUACAAGCAACCUUGACCUGUCCUCAACCUGAAUCCCAGUGCCUCAAUGACCCUAGGCUUCAUCCCGAUUAAUGAUUAUUCAUAGUGCCUAAGUAAUGCAUUUUCCAAUAUUUGGCCUUAAAUCUCAGGCUUUGGAGAACCUAAUACCAACUCACCAGCCUGCAGAUUUUGUCUUUCCCAAACUGUGUUCCAGGAAUGGGCUUAAGACUUCAGGGCUGACGCCGUCCUCACCCCAGACUAUUAAGAGUCCCGUGUGCUCAUAAAGAACAUGAAGAAGAGCAAUGUGUGGAAGACUUAACUUCCAGUAACUGCGGCAUGGACUGACCUCUAUCCAAAUGAAAAACAAUAUUGAGAAUGAUUCUAAAGCUAAACAUAGGCUUGGUGGGGGAAAAGAAAACAUUGUGAUUAAUUGGUGAUUUCUGCCACAAGUGCAUAGCCAAGAGUGUCAGCAUAUAUACCUUAUGUUUACCAAGUCUAAGAGAGAUUUCUCUAGAAAGAUAAUGAGCUGUCUUAAAUGAUGGGAAGUUCACCAUCACUCUAAGAGCUCAAGUGAAGACCGGGUGAUUUCUCAUCUUGACUGUUGCUAAGAAAAUCUGUAUCAACUUUGGAGGACGGUGUUUGGAAUAGAUAUGUUGAAGGGCUCCUCUAACUCUUACAUGCUAGGGUUGUUUGGGUCAGAACCAUUUGCAGCCUGCCAUUGUAAUGUGUGGCUUGUAGUUUGGGUGAUUUCCUGUACUUGCCUCUAAACCAAAGUGCCCUAAAGUAAAUUAAAGUGCACUUGAAUUAGCACCAGUGUGUUUGAAUUUGGUAUUUCAUAGGAGUAGGGCCAGAAAGGACUUGUCUUAGCAAUACCACUAGAGUCCUUUCAGCCAUAAUCCCUUGGGUUUCCUCAGAUCAUUCUUGACAAUGGCAGCCUUAGCCAAAACUUGAGUUCUGAGCUUCCUUUUCUGUGGCGUAUUCUUUCAUCAUUGGGCCUUCCCUUUGGUUAAUUGCCAACUCAAGGCACCGUGCCAUCCAGCUUUGGGUUGGCUGAAAAAUUUGGACAGUGUUUGUCAAGACAAAGAGAAAGUGAGACCAAAAGUGCCUGAGACCAAAGGAACCACAUGCAAUGUAAAAUAAAAAUCUUCACUUUU